AUGGUGGCCGACGCCCGGGUCACAGACCCAGGUGGCCUGGAGGGAAUCAUGGAUACAAUACCUGGACAAGAUACGUCCAUGUUGCCCACCGAGGCAGGCAGUACGCAGCCUGUCUUUGGAAUGGUAGACCGAUCCGAGAACGACAUGGUGGUCGGCUCAUUUCCAUCCGAUCCCGCCGUCACCGAGGCGAAUGGCGUCGUGAUCCAGGGCAGCAGCUUUCGCGGCCCAGGUGUGACACACCCUCUCUAUGGGCAACGGGACUUUCGGGAUCCCCAUCAGGUAAGAAGUCAGCUGGGCGUGCCGGACAUGGGCUUCACUCAGCUUGAUGACUUGCCUCUUAACUGGCUCCCCGUCAAUGAGUCGGCCGACAGCGACUACACAUCUAUACUUGGUUUCGGCGUCAGCUCACUGGGGUUGUUUCCUGACAUCCCCGGGGACAUGGUCACUAGUUGCUCGUUUGACAAUCCUAUCCCCACCUCCAGCACGCAUCGGUUUCUUACCCAGGGGCAGACAAUCGAGCGCGGACUUGAUGGUCGCCAGCAAGAGAGCCCCGUAGUGGUGAUGCAGGAUCUACCUGACGAGCGACCACCGUCGUUGGGGUUUCCCGAUCUCGGUCACCUUUGCAUUGAGCAUGUGGGAGAGGACCUGAGUAGCAACGGCAUGAGUGCUACGACGUACCAGGCUAUGAAAAACCACUUCGCCAAGCUCUGCGUGGUGGACAACGGGAUCUAUCCAAAGUAUGACAGCUCGCGAUUCCCACUCCUGCAUCACUUUCAUCUCUUUAACCGGCUCUACUACGAGAACUUCGACCCUAUCCUGCCCAUCGUCCACAGCCAGGUGUCCCCAAACGGAUACUGGCCACUUGCCCUAGGAAUGAGUGCCAUAGGCUGUCAGUACACGGAGACGGAGGAGUUCGCCAACUGCGUCGAGCCUUUGCACGAGUUUCUUAGAAGAGUCAUCUUACUUGAGGCUGAGGUUUUGGAUCGUAAGCACCAUGGCGUUGCAUUGGCUCAGACACAGGUUCUCAGUCACAUUGGGAUGCUGUAUUCGGGCUCGAAAAAGCUCUCUAUUCGAGCGCAAAGCCGACAGGGCAAUCUGUUGUCCUCACUGAAUCUGACACACAUGGUGAAGGCAUCAUCAUCUGCGGAGCACAAACGUCAGCACGACAGCCCUGCCGCGCACGAGGUGGCAUGGACUAGAGCAUUGGCAGAGGAAACAAAGCGACGACUGACAUAUGCCAUAUGGGUGGAAGGAGAAUUGCUCCAUGAUCCGGAGAGCCCCCCGGAUGAGGACAUCAGUACGAGAGUGCUGCUCGCCAGCUGGCGCAAUGCGGCUCUGGACUGUGUCGAUGUCCUGCAUUGGGCAGCGAUGGCGACCAUUGCCCAACUCGCUGGUGCCGAGCAUCCAUCGGUGCUCCAUCUUCAUUUCGCCAGAGUCGUCCUUCUGGUGCCGUACAAAAGCCUUCGGAUACUGGCCAAAUCGAUUGCUACCGUGGCGCAAGACCCCCGAUUGGGUGGAGAGGCCGCAGCGGAGCGGGAUGAUGUGAUCAGCGCCGAACGAGAAGUGAUAGAAUGGGCUCAACGAGACGAGCACAAGGCGAGACUGGCGGUGCUGCAUUGCGGCUGUCUGUACUGGCACAUUCGGCGAUACAGCUGUCGAGCCUUCUACGAGCCUAUCUCGGUCUUCCUGGCCACCUUGACCGUCUGGGCUUAUAGUUCCUACGCGUCAAGGGCACACUCAACGUCGCGACCUGCACAUGUGAGCGACGGCGACCACUGCCGAAGUGGCAGCGUCACGCGCCAGGGGAGCCCUGAAGCCCCAUUCCACGCUGAGGCCAACAGCUGCUCUGCAACCGCGACAACUCCACCAGACAGCGAGCCUGAUCCAACAUUUAUCCGGCUCGAUAGGCCAAACGAUGAUGAGAUGGUACAGCUGUACGUCCGAUCAGGCAGACCAUCAAGUAUGAGGGCGUACAUUGCUGGUGUUGGCAACAUUUACGCUGCCGAGGGUCCCAUCAACGUGCUGAGAGAGGGUCGGAAAAUCCUGGGCACGGUCUCCAUGGCGUGGGGGCGCACUCAGGACUACACAGCUGUCCUAGAGGCGCUUGAGAAGGUCUGCUCCAACAGCAAGGGAUUGGAAAAGCGAGGAGGCCAAGGCCUGGGGGACUGA